GGGCCCUUCGCGGUGCCAGGCUAGGCCCGGCAAGGGAGCUGCAGAAGCCGCCGCUCGGAGCAACCAGCACCAGCACUUCCCAGCACAAAGCACCAGCACCAGGGUGGUUGGUGAUCUCCAAACUCGCAGCUUACACAACACCACAAACCCGUAAAAAAAUCCUGUCCUUCGGCCUGCACGGCUUUGCGUCAGCUUCUCUUUCGCACUCGUCAAAAACUCUCCUUGCCUCACGGUUCCAGAAGCACCGGCGAGCAGCGACUGGCACACCCACGCAAACAGCAGCGGCGGCCUGGCUGGCCGCUUUCUGGGUAACGUCACUCGGUAGCUCCCAUCGAGACUCAUUCGUCCCCCAUCGACUCCGCGCACGCAGUUCCCGCCGGAAGAGGCCACGUCGAGCGUAAUGGCGAACUCGGGCAUAGGGGACCAUCCCAGCCUCAAUCUGACCCCGGAGGAGAAGCAAUUGUUUGGGCGCCUGUUCAAACAAGCAGACACGAAGGGGGAUGGCAUCGUCACCGGCGAGGUCGCCGUCUCGCUGUUCCCUAAGGCGAAGCUGUCGGAGACCACCCUAGGAGAGAUAUGGGCUAUGGCAGACACGGAAAACCGCGGCUUUCUGCUGCAGGAGGACUUUGCAAAAGCCAUGCGUCUCAUUGGACAUUUUCAGGCAAGACCGACGCAGCAGCUCACCAGCGAUUUGACCAUGAGGCCUUGUCCUCCGGGCUAUCCCAAGUUUGAAGGCAUCAACAUGGCUCCUGGCGCAUCCUUUGAUGAGCUCGGCUCGCCAGUGGCACCACCCGGCUAUCCGCCUACGGGCAUUCAACCUCAGAACAGCGGUUCGGUGCGAGUGCCUCCCCUGACUCCCGACAAGGUCGCCGACUACACGCGCUUGUUCGAGAGUGUGGUCCCCAAGCCCGGUGGCACUUUGGAUGGCGAGAAGGCACGCAUGUUCUUCCAACGAUCCGGCCUUCCGAACAUGGUCCUCGCCCAGGUGUGGAACCUGGCGGAUACAGAGCAGCGAAGUGCCCUCUCCCUCUCCGAGUUCAUAAUAGCCAUGCACCUCUUGGCCUCCUAUCGCAGCGGCGCGAUCACUUCCCUACCGACCACGCUACCACCCGGUUUGAUCGAGGCUGCGUCGCGACGUCCGACACAGGCGGCAGCCAUCCCAAGGCAGUUCAGCGGACAGAACGCGGCGCGCACCUCUAGCCCCCUUGCACGGCAGGCCUUUGGUCCGCCGCCAGCGGCGCCGCCUCAGCCUGAAUGGAUCAUCGGCCCAGCAGAAAAACAAGGUUUUGAUACGCUAUUCAACCGUCUGGACACGCAGAACCUGGGCUACAUCAGUGGUGCGCAAGCUGUCGACUUCUUCAGCCAAUCCGAGCUGCCACAGGAGAGCUUGGCUGCGAUCUGGGACCUUGCAACCAUCCGAGGACAAGACCAGCUCAACCGAGACGAGUUUGCCGUAGCAAUGUACCUCAUACGAGAUCAGAGAGGAAAGGCGAAGCCGGACCUGCCGCCCCAAUUGCCCCCCAACCUCAUUCCACCCAGCUUGCGUGGUCAGGUGAAGACUGCCAUCCCACCUCCGCAACCUGCCGGUUACGCCCCACCUCCAGCGCAAGCCCAGAAGCCGCCAUCAGCUGCUGAAGAUCUGUUCGGUCUCGACGCUCUGUCCACAUCGCCAACCCAACCCACUCAGCCCAUGCAACAGCAGACCACGGGUGGCUCAGGAAGCAUUCCACGCCCCUACGAUGAUCCGUUCGCCUCAAAGGGCCACGGCUCGCCAACAACCCAGAACUUUACUCCUUCAGCACGUGGAACGACUUCACACUUCAAGCCGUUCGUCCCGACUUCCUCAUUUGGACAGGGUCUUACUACACAAAACACUGGCGGCUCUGGAUCAUCCUCGCAAGCCCAAAGUCGUGAUUUCAGACCGGCACCCGUCUCGGCUAUGGACGACCUGCUGGGAGACAAUGAUGAGAGCAGCAAGAAAAUUUCGAACGAGGCGUCCGAGCUUGCGAACAUGUCAAACCAGAUCGGCAUCUUGCGCAACCAGAUGCAGGACGUGCAAAGCAAAAAGUCCACCACCGAGGCUGACUUGGCCAGCACCAAUAGCCAAAGACGGGAUCUCGAACUGCGACUCUCUCAAUUCCGCACGCAGUACGAACAAGAGGUCCGGGCCGUCAAGGAACUCGAGGAGCAACUUGAGACUUCGCGGAAGGAAACCCGGCGCAUUCAGCAGGACCUUGCCCUGCUCGAGGCUGGAUAUCAAGAUUUACAGGCCCAACACCGAUCCGCGCUUUCCGCUCUGGAGAACGAACGACGUGAGAACGCGAGCCUGAAGGAGAGGAUGCGAGUGGUCAACUCUGAGGUGGCGCAGCUCAAGCCAGCCCUAGAGAAGCUGAAGAACGAGACUCGUCACGAGAAGGGUUUGGUCUCCAUCAACAAGAAGCAGCUUGAGAGAAGCGAGACCGAACGUGACUCCAUCAAGGCAGAGAUGGAGGAUCUAAACCGCUCCGUUUCGGAGGCUGCCAAAGUACCCCUUCCUGACCAGAGCUCGUCCGGUAUGACCAGCCCAACUCCAUCCACGACAAGCGCAAAAGGCAACCCUUUCUUCCGCAAGUCGCCGCAGCAGUCUUUCGACAACACCAUGAGCCCUGCUGGCUUCCAACGCGCAGCGGCCGGGAAGGAGUCGCCUAACAUAACGAACAUCUUCGGUCCAUCCUUCGGCGGCACACCUGUUACCAGCCCUCCUGCGACUUCCUUCCGAUCCGAGGCUUUCUCCACAGCACCAGAGCCGUCCGUGACCUCGUCCGAGCCUGGUUUUCCAACGCCAUCCGCGUCGCCUCACCCCAGUGAGGCGCCAGCACCACCAGCGUCGCGCCAGAUCACGUCGAACGAUCUGCCACUUGCUGUCAGUCAUCUGGACACAGCGGCAUCCUCCGUUCGUGUGGAGACACCAGCGAGCAGGUACAAUGGCGCCGAAACGCCGACCAAUGCCGGCUCAUCGUCGCCCGCCCCUGCCACUGCGGACAGGCCCAGCGCUAGUCGUCACGACACUCAAGCCAGCACUGGUGCAGCCAUCUUCGACCGCGCAGCAUCGCCUGUGGCCAGCACAACCAGCGACACCUCACGCGGCAAGAAGAAUGACUUCUUCAGUAGUCUGGGCAACAGUGUUCCUGGUUCCUUCCCCGGCGACGUGACGUCCCCGAUCGAAGCGAAUAAGACGGGCGAGAGCGCCUUAAGCGAUCGCAGUAAGCAGAGCGGUACACGUUCGGACCCGUUCUCCUUCUCAGCUCGACAGGAUACAUCGAAGAGCGACUUUGACUCUGCGUUUGCAGGUGUAGCAAGCGCAAAGGCAGUUAACCGUCAGGUCACUGGCUCUUCACAAGGUGAUGGUAGCAUACCGAAGAGCAAAUUCGACUCGGAGUUCCCGCCCAUUCAAACCCACGACGAGGAUGAGUCAGACUCCGAUGAUGACGUGCAGGGUUUUGGCGACAGCUUCACACAGGCAUCACCUCCGCGACAAACAACUGGUCCCAAAGAUCAACAGAAGGAGGCUGUUGGCGGUAGCAGCUUCUUCGGUAUGCAGCCACCGGCUUCCGAACUCCCCCGUCCGGAUGCACAGAAAUCCCCUCCAUCGUACAACACGGCUAGUGGCGGGCGUGUGGGCUCUCAGGACUUCCCCCCAGAGUUUGGCGGUCUCCUUCCGUCACGUGAAAAUCCUCUCUCGUCAACCUCACAGGAAGCACAAUUGCCUUCUGUCGGCACACGAGGUGAUGCACUGUUUGGUAGCAGCUCGACAGCCAGCAAGAGCGUUUCCGCCGCUCCAACCUCUACUUUCAGCACGUUCUCAAGCUCACCACCGCCGAAGACAGGUACUCCAGCUUCAACGGCGGGCACGCACUCUGAGGCGUUCCACUCUGCUCCAACGCAUCCAAACACGGAGCGCGACUCCAGCUCCACGCAAAAAUCUGGCGCUGGCUUCCAGGAUGACUUCAACUCAGGCUUUGAUGAUCUCCCGGAGGCCAAGGACGACGACGAUGACCCCAACGAUGACUUCGUGUUUGGAAGCCAACAUCAUGGUCAGGCUGAUGACGACUGGAACCCUCACUUCGACUCCCCUAUUGCGAGCAAGACGGCAACGAUGCAGUCUGAACGAACCCCCACCGUGGGUCAGUCCUCGAAGGCCAGUGGCUUCAACGACUUCGAUGACUUCGAGUCCUCAUUUAAACCACUGAGUCAGCCAGCAGCCACAUCUGGCAGCAAGACUACAAAUGACGACUGGGACGACAUGUUCAAGAACAUCGGCUCCGAAAGCAAUGCAGGCAAAAACAGCGGUGUGGCAGGUGGAUUUGGGGACGAACCCCUACCUGCCGCGCCUAUGCCCCCAGCGCCCAUGGCACCCGAGGCACCCGAACCCCCCAAAUUGGGACGCUCGAUUACGGAGAGCAGCGUCAAUGACGUGGAGGACGUGAAGAAACUCGUCAACAUGGGCUUCCCGCGACAACUAGCGGUGAAUGCGCUUGAGAAGUAUGAUUAUGAUUUUAACAAGGCACUUGAACAUUUGACCAAGGGUGGCCGCGCCUGAACAUGCGCGUCUCAUAUCCUCUACAUACUCGCUUCUUUCUUGCAAAAUGGCGGAUACCCUCUUCUUGACUAUUCAUUUCACCUUUUACACCCUCAUGCGUUGGACAAAACGACAGAAACAUAUCAGCAAAAAUUGGUCAUUCUCUGUUAUCGCCCUUUUCUUUUCCCUUUCAAAAUUUGUUCUUGAUGUGGCCUUUUAGCGAGCAUUUGUACGGCCGGCUUGAAUCCUUUCCUUCUAGCCCUAUUUUUUCUCGGCUCGUUUUGACCCAUUUCACCAUAUGUCGUCAAUGCUGGAAAAUAUAUGCCUCCCCUCAUCCAACUCUCUUUUUUCAUUUUGUUGCGUGAGCGCAUCUUGUCAUAUUUGUAUGGUAAUCUUUGUUCUGUGGCUUUUUCCUCGGUCGCACAUGCAAGCAAAAAUAGGGAUUGGAUUGGGGACGGGAAUGGGUCAGCCUUGUUUUCUUGUUGAUUCCGUAGUGCACAUAAUGACAUGAAUGGGUUUCUGCAAACUUGAAUGUAGGGUUCUAUACCGUGUCUCUUCUCCCACUGCGAUUUGGUGCUUUCAAUUGAGAUAGUCUGGAACGAUUUUUUUUUUUUGUAUUGAAAAAAAAAAGGGGCUUUU